AAAUUGAACUUACUUCCCUUUAAAAUUUAUUGCCAUGUUUCUGGUAAUGAUUGGCAUUUUGGACCAGGAAUGUGCCGGAUUGUAACAGCUAUAUUUUACUGCAACAUGUACUGCUUAGAUUUGCUGAUAACCUGUACAAGUGUGGACACAUUCUUAGCUGUGGUAUAUCCUGUGCAUUCUCGCUCUUGGCAUAGCACGGGACAAGAUUCCUUGGUUUGCGUCAUCACCUGGCUUGUUGCCAUUGUUGGCACUCUUCCCCUUCAUUGUACUGAGCAGACUGCAGAAGUACCUGGGCUAAAUAUAACAAGCUGCCUUGAUGUUUUAGACCCAUCUAAAUCUCAAGAUUACUAUCGCUACAUUUUUCCAUGUUUCAGUUUAAUUUUCUUUUUUGUGCCACUUGCAAUAACAACAUUCUGCUAUUUUAGAAUUCUUCGCUGCCUUUGCUCCACAAAUGCAGCAAGCAAACAGUUAAGUGCCAUCUUUUUGGCUUUUGUAGUGUUACUUGUUUUCACAGUUUGCUUUUUACCAACAAAUGUAUUGUUAGUAGUACAUUAUCUGCAGCUUUCUAAUGGACAUAAUAAUGAAAUAGUUUAUCUCCUUUCACUUUGUGUUGGUAGCCUCAGUUACUGCAUCAAUCCCAUCAUUUAUUAUGGUGGCUCCUACAAAUGGCAGAAAGACCUCUAUAAACCUGUCUGCUGUGUGACAGGUAGAGAGACCUUCAGUAGCAGCAGCAGCAGCCAGACAAGCAGCAGGGAUAGCAGAGCAGAUUAG